GAGGGUUUUGAAAUUACAUCUGAUAUAGCUGAGGCACUGAUGAUUUCUAAUAUUAAUGUCUCAUCUUAUGAUCGUGACUCAUACCCAAGUCCUGGAAGAAUUGUGGAUAGGCAGGCAGGGGGUUCUCGACCAGAUCGCCGUGGGAGUAGUGUGGUGGAUGAUGACAAAUGGAGUAAACUUCCUGGGCCUUUCUCUUCUGGACGAGAUCUGCGACCAGAUAUUGGUUAUGGGGGUGAUGUGGUAGGCUUUCGAUCUGUCCAAGGAGGAAACUAUGGUGUGUUAAGGAACCCACGUGGGCAGUCGACUAUGCAGUAUGUUGGAGGAAUCCUCUCUGGACCAAUGCAAUCAAUGGGUUCUCAGGGAGGGCAACGGAAUAGUCCUGAUGCUGAUAGAUGGCAGCGUGCUACUGGCUUCCAGAAGGGUUUAAUUCCUUCUCCUCAAACUUCGGUACAGAUGCACAGAGCUGAGAAGAAGUAUGAAGUGGGUAAAGCGACAGAUGAGGAAGAGGUAAAACAAAGGAAGUUGAAAGCUAUCCUGAACAAGCCGACUCCUCAGAACUUUGAAAAGCUUUUUGAGCAAGUAAAAGCAGUUAAUAUUGACAAUGCAGUCACUCUCACUGGUGUCAUCUCACAGAUCUUUGACAAAGCUUUAAUGGAACCUACUUUCUGUGAAAUGUAUGCUAACUUCUGUUUUCAUUUGGCGAGAGAGCUGCCCGACUUCAGUACAGACAAUGAAAAGAUCACUUUCAAAAGAUUGCUACUCAACAAGUGUCAGGAGGAAUUUGAGAGAGGGGAAAGAGAACAAGAAGAAGCUAAUAGAGCUGAUGAGGAGGGGGAGAUUAAACAGUCUGAAGAGGAAAGGGAGGAGAAGAGAAUCAAAGCACGAAGAAGGAUGUUGGGCAACAUUAGAUUGAUUGGGGAAUUGUACAAGAAGAGGAUGUUGACCGAGAGGAUAAUGCAUGUGUGCAUCAAGAAGUUGUUAGGGCAGUAUCAGAAUCCUGAUGAGGAAGAUGUAGAAUCCUUGUGCCUACUGAUGAGCACAAUUGGAGAGAUGAUUGAUCAUCCCAAAGCCAAGGAGCAUAUGGAUGUAUACUUUGAUAGGAUGGCGAAGUUAUCGAACAACAUGAAGCUAUCUUCUAGGGUAAGGUUCAUGUUGAAGGAUGCAAUUGAUUUGCGAAAGAAUAAAUGGCAACAAAGAAGAAAAGUUGAAGGGCCGAAGAAUAUUGAGGAAGUGCACAGGGAUGCAGCUCAAGAAAGACAGGCUCAAGCUAGUAGGCUAUCUCGUGGUCCAAGCAUGAAUUCAUCGACAAGAAGGGGGGCCCCUCCUAUGGACUUUGGUCCAAGAGGUUCAACUAUGUUAUCAUCUCCAAAUUCCCAAAUGGGUGGUUUCCGGGGUUUGCCAUCUCCUCAGGUUCGUGGGUUUGGUGCUCAGGAUGUUCGAUUAGAGGAUAGACAAAGGAAGUUGAAAGCUAUCCUGAACAAGCCGACUCCUCAGAACUUUGAAAAGCUUUUUGAGCAAGUAAAAGCAGUUAAUAUUGACAAUGCAGUCACUCUCACUGGUGUCAUCUCACAGAUCUUUGACAAAGCUUUAAUGGAACCUACUUUCUGUGAAAUGUAUGCUAACUUAUGUUUUCAUCUGGCGAGAGAGCUGCCCGACUUCAGUACAGACAAUGAAAAGAUCACUUUCAAAAGAUUGCUACUCAACAAGUGUCAGGAGGAAUUUGAGAGAAGGGAAAGAGAACAAGAAGAAGCUAAUAGAGCUGAUGAGGAGGGGGAGAUUAAACAGUCUGAAGAGGAAAGGGAGGAGAAGAGAAUCAAAGCACGAAGAAGGAUGUUGGGCAACAUUAGAUUGAUUGGGGAAUUGUACAAGAAGAGGAUGUUGGCCGAGAGGAUAAUGCAUGUGUGCAUCAAGAAGUUGUUAGGGCAGUAUCAGAAUCCUGAUGAGGAAGAUGUAGAAUCCUUGUGCCUACUGAUGAGCACAAUUGGAGAGAUGAUUGAUCAUCCCAAAGCCAAGGAGCAUAUGGAUGUAUACUUUGAUAGGAUGGCGAAGUUAUCGAACAACAUGAAACUAUCUUCUAGGGUAAGGUUCAUGUUGAAGGAUGCAAUUGAUUUGCGAAAGAAUAAAUGGCAACAAAGAAGAAAAGUUGAAGGGCCGAAGAAUAUUGAGGAAGUGCACAGGGAUGCAGCUCAAGAAAGACAGGCUCAAGCUAGUAGGCUAUCUCGUGGUCCAAGCAUGAAUUCAUCGACAAGAAGGGGGGCCCCUCCUAUGGACUUUGGUCCAAGAGGUUCAACUAUGUUAUCAUCUCCAAAUUCCCAAAUGGGUGGUUUCCGGGGUUUGCCAUCUCCUCAGGUUCGUGGGUUUGGUGCUCAGGAUGUUCGAUUAGAGGAUAGACAAUCUUAUGAAAGCAGGAAUCCAUCAGUUCCAUUGCCGCAUAGAGCCAUUGGUGAUGAUUCUAUUACUCCUGGUCCUCAAGGUGGUCUUGCUAGGGGAAUGUCCAGUAGAGGGCCACCAGCUAUGUCUAGUGGUCCUUUGGGUGAUAUUUCUCCUGGUUCAGGAGACUCUAGAAGGUUGACAGCAGGUUUGAAUGGUUAUAGUUCUGUACCGGAUAGGACAACUUACAGUUCAAGAGAGGAAAUCAUGCCAAGGUACAUCCCAGAGAGAUUUGGUGGUCCAUCUGCCUAUUACCAGUCAAGUACACAAGACCGAAAUCUGCAGUAUGGAAACAGGGAUGUAAGAACCCCAGAUCGUGGCUUUGAUCGAUCUCUUGCCACCUCUCCACCUGCACGGGCACACGGACCAGCUGUCUCACAAAAUGUUCCUCCAGAGAAGGUAUGGCCCGAGGAACGUUUACGUGACAUGUCCAUAGCAGCAAUUAAAGAAUUUUACAGUGCCAAAGAUGAGAAUGAAGUUGCUUUGUGCAUCAAAGAUCUAAAUUCCCCAGGCUUCUACCCAUCUAUGGUGUCUAUUUGGGUUACAGACUCUUUUGAGAGGAAAGACAAAGAAAUGGAUAUGCUGGCUAAGCUUCUUGUCAAUCUAACAAAAUCUCGGGAUGCCAUGUUAAGUCAAGUUCAACUAAUCAAAGGAUUUGAAGCUGUACUGACUGCUUUGGAGGAUGCUGUAAAUGAUGCCCCAAAAGCAGCAGAAUUUCUUGGUCGCAUCUUUGCCAUGGUUAUCAUAGAGAAUGUGAUUCCCUUAAGGGAGUUAGGGCAGAUAAUACUUGAAGGUGGAGAAGAGCCUGGUCGGCUGCGAGAAAUCGGGCUUGCGGCUGAAGUUCUGGGGAGCACAUUGGAGAUUAUCAAAUCAGAGAAAGGGGAGAAUGUGUUGAAUGAGAUUCGCAAAGUGUCCAAUUUGCGGUUGGAUGACUUCCGGCCUCCUGAUCCUUCUUACAGAUCAGCAAAAUUAGAUAAAUUUAUUUAGGGGAUAGUGAUGCUCAUUUGUAUCUUAGGAGAAGAAAUUCUUGGCUAGUGGCGUUAGGGUACUUGCCCCCUCUCCUAAUCUUGCAGGGAUGAUAUUUUUCUUGUCUUUUCUUUUAUAGGUGGGGGUGCUUUUUAUAUAUGGGUUUUAUCCUUGUCCAUGUCUUUUUUCUUUUUUCUUUUUUUCUGUUUUUGAGUAUUAUUUCUUCCCAAAGUAUAACUGCAAAUUGCCGAAAAGGUUCAAUUGAGCAUCCAAAAUUUUAGCAUCCCUUCUCUGUAGAAAUAUUUCUUCACUCGUCUCUAUUCUUAUGGCAUAGCUCGUGGAAUCAAA